AGGUAUAAAUUGCAGCACCUGCAGUCAGUGAAGGCAGUCUCCUCACAGGUUAGACACAUCACGCACAAUGUGGACCUUCAUCGUGGUUUUCGUCCUUUUGACCGCUGAGCACAGAGCAGAGGAGUAUCAGAACACUUUGAGAGGUGUUUUGCAUUAUGUCUCUCCAGAUAAACACGUAGUGUCUCAAGUUAAAAGCCUCUACAGUUCCGUCGAGAAGGAUCGCCAAUGGAAGAUUGAGAGCACAGAGUUCGGACGGACCUUAAACUGCUCCUGGUCCAGUUUAUACAGCUUACAUGACGCAGAAUUCGGCUUCCAUUGCCCGGCCAAUUCUGUGCUCACUGGCAUGCACAGCUUUUACAACAGAGUAUUCGAAGACAGAAGCUGGAGUUUCCGCUGCUGCGCUUUUCAAGACUUGAUCACAUUUAAUCGCCGGGAAACCACAAUGGUCAACUACUGGAGUGAAGACUUCGACUGGCAACUCCCUGGAGGCCACUUCCUCGCAGGUGUCAGGACCCAUAACAAGAAUGAGGAUGGAGAUCAUCGCUGGAGUUUCAAUUACUGCCAAGGAACAACACAAAAUAUGCCGCUGGUCAGUUCCCAAAUCCUUGCUGCAAACGAACAAAUGUUAGACCUUUUAACAGAAGGAGACGUUGUCCUCCCAAACUCAAGGAAUGCAAGAAUCUGCAGUAGCUGCCUAUGGCCAAAGUCAAGUGAUGUGGUUGAAGUGCCAUAUGUCAUAAAUAGUGCCUUUACCAGCUCAGAGAGGACCACGAUAACCGAUGCCAUGAGUGGCAUCGACAUGGCCACCUGCAUCCGCUUUGUUCCUCUUAGCAGCCAAACUGACUACAUCAGCAUUGUGAAAGACAAUGGAUGUUACUCCUAUGUUGGACGAACAUCUGGGGCUCAACGAGUAUCUCUCGGUACAGGAUGCAUUAAUAACGGCAUCAUUCAGCAUGAGCUCAUUCACGUGCUCAGCUUCUGGCAUGAGCACAGUAGAAGUGACAGGGACGUUUACGUCAGGAUCAACUUUGAAAACAUCAAGGAGGACAAUCACCACAACUUCAACCAACAUGAAACAAACAACCUGGAUGUUCCAUAUGACUACACCUCUGUUAUGCAUUAUGGGCCAAAGGAAUUCUCAAUGAAUGACAAAGACACCAUCACUCCCCUCAUGUCCCCAGUGGAAAUUGGCCAGAGGAUAGGCAUGUCUGAUAGUGACAUCCUGAAGGUCAACAAACUUUACCAGUGCAACGAUUACCUCCAUAGAUUCGGAGAUUGGGACAAUCAGUUGCUAGGCACUAUGACUCGCCAGUGUCCUUUUGGCCAAGCUGUUUCUGAAAUCUCAAGUGUCUUCAACAACGACAAAAAAGAUCGACUCUGGGCAUUUUCGUGCAAGGCUUUCCAGAAACCUGAAACGUGCCGCUGGACAGAUUACCAGAACGCUCCGUGGGAAAGCAUCAACUUCAAAUGUAGAGACAAUGAAGUGAUUGCAGGAGCCAUGAGUGAAUUCGCAACUGUGAGCUUCUUGGCAGACAGGAAAUGGAAGUUUUACUGCUGCAGUGUUCCAGGUUUCACCAUGUCCAACUGCCAAACAACACCGUAUGUCAACUACUGGCGGGAAACCUUCACCUGGACAGUCGCCAGCGACAACUUCCUAACAGGAGUGAAAGCUUCCUUUAAUAUUGAAUCACGGGACCGUCGUUGGAGUUUCACAUACUGCCACAGGCAGUGAAGUCACCAUGAACGAGAAGAUGCCUGACGAGACUUUUUGCUCUGCCACAAUAACGCAGCAAACUGAUUGCUGUCAAAUCUUGCCUGUCUGAAGGCGUCCCUGAUGAAAUCCCUCAUGACCCCAAAGGUCAUUGACAGAAUCUCAGUUUAGCAUGUUAUGUGUAACAAGAUGUAUGAUGUCAUAGGAGGUGAUUUAAUUGGACAAUAUGGGGGAAAAAAUGCUCAAAGAAUGCUUUCGAUGUCCAUCUGCCGCCUGCAGGUCUGACUCUGAGAUUUAAGAGACUCAUUGCACUUUAUUAUAUCAGUAAGUUUGCAGCCAUCACUCGUGGGGAAACACCAUCCUGCAUUUAUAAAGAUCAGAAGUGCUGAUGUCAGAUCAUUAAGAAAGUGCCCCCAGCCAUCUUCUUUCAUAAUGACCUGAACACAGAAACUGGUCUCAGAGCUGCACUCCUGCUGCACUCGUCAAAGAACACAAACCCACAGUGCGCUCACACUGUGUUGGUGCAAAGGCUCAGUGAUUUCUUGGGAGAUGUGUCCCGCUCUCACACACUGUCUCAUGUUGGAGGGGCUGUGUGUGUGUUGACCAGAAAUGGCAGAGCACAUGUGUCGUGUUUCUUCUGUAAAGUCACUUUCCUGAUGUUUUAUUAGAUUUGUAACAUGAAGGAUUUGAUGAAUGUAGAUGAGAUCAAGAAGUAAUUCUCUGUCGGGUGAAAUAUGCUUCUCUGAUGAAAUGUGAACCAAACAUGACUUGAAUACUUUGAUGUGUGUGUAUAUGUGUAAAUAUACAACAUUAGCCUGUAGAUUUUAAUUCUGAAGUGUAUUGAAAUAUAUGAACGUAGAUAUGAGGACAUGGACAAAGGGCUGUACUGCUGAGGUGUGUUUUAUUAUACUGGAAAUAAAAUCAACAUGAAUUAUAA